GCGCGAAUUGAAAGAGCUUGAAUUCCUCGGUAUUAUUCUCGAGGCGAACUAGUAUACUCGUAUACUCGUAUUUGAAUAUUGACCUUGCGAGAUGAUGCAACUUGCAUCCGUGCGCGGAAAGGAAGACGCGGAAACGCAUUCCACAUCGUCCCACCAAUGUAAUUCCGCUCUUGCGAUAUUAUGUUCACGGCGCAAUUAAAUUCACAAUCCAAUUCUGGCGUGUCGGUGACCUUUUCCCGUUUGGUUUCUACAGAAAUUCCAUGCCGGUUGAAUCGUUGACGUCGAAAGAUGGAGGGAAACCGGACUUCGCCGCGCGCCCGCGCCCGUGUGUCGUCCUCGCGGAUAAAUUUAGCCCUUUAACACGCGAUUUUAGAGCAUACUCGUCUGACCUUUUCGAAUACGAGUGUACCAUAGAAUUUCUGCGGAACGAGAGAAGAAGGGAAUUGGGACACGGGCUAAAAGAGACACUUCGACGCAUCUUCCGAAAGAAAUCGGAAUUCUGCAAAGAAAGAUAUUUUCAAAUAAUUGUCUCAACUAUACUGGACAUUUCAAUGUUGUAAACGCAAUACGUUUAUAAUGGCGGCCCCUUGUUUUCCAAAAAAAUCGCUCAAGUGCAAAUAUUAAAAAAAGUCAACGGUUAAAUGCCUGAUCGAGCAAGAUUAUCGACGCGUUAUCAGAGUAGCGCCACAAUAAAAAUAAGAGAGGGAGAAGUGAUACAGGUGGAAACAAUGUGUCGAUAUGUUCGUGUCAAUCCGGAAAGUAUCGACUACCAUUUGCCGGAAGUAAGAAUAGACUUGGAAAUGUCUGGUGAACUUCGCAGAACUGUUUUUUUUACAAAAAAAAAGACAUAGUCGAGAGAAUGGUUGUAAGUGUCAAUGUGAGUCUGUGUGAGUGCAAUGACAUAAUCCAGAAACGUUAAUUUGAAAAGUGCUAGAAACGGCGAGAUAUAUCUCGCGACAUGCACACGCACCACGCGUGAACAUUUCAAUUAGCACGGGCGUGUGUGCACGCUCGCUCGCUCGCGUGCGUCGCGAUCGCGAAGCGUGAUAAUUACGUCGUAUCAUUCUCCGUGGGAUGAAUGAACGUGAUCCGCGCAUUUUUUUCUCCCUCCUGGCUCGCGACGCAGGGAGAGAGAGAAGGAGAAGGAAAAAGAGAAGGGAGAGAGAAAAGGAGAGCGAAGUGAAGCGAACGAGGGCGGGGCGUGCGUGCUGGUGAAUCGAACGCGCUCGUCGGUCCGAUAAAAGCAACCACCCAUUGUGAUAUCGCCAAACACCAAAAGGAUCACGAGAUCGAGAUAAUUCAAUCGCAAUUCGACUUCUCGCGCGAGGAAGAUCGAAGCGGCGACUGUCAACCGUGAGAUCCGCGACGUAGCGUUGCGCACGUGGAUAGUGUCAAGAAGACACGAGGACGAACGCGAUCAUCUCGUCGAUCAUUCCGAUCGAGACAUUGUAAUUCGAAAAAGCAUACCACGGUGAACGUGUACCGUGCAUCGAAAUAAUCUUCGCGCAUCUCUUUUCUACCGUCGAUAUAAAUGAAAAAUCGUAGGCUUUGAAUUUCCAGUUUUACACGCGACUUUAUACGCGAAUAUUUCGUGUAUCAACGUAUUUUUCUCUGGUCUCCUAUGAUUACGGUGGGUCGUAAAAGCGAGUGGAAAGAGUAGAUUUUACGACGCGAAAUAGUAAGGUGCGAGCGUAGUCGGAAGAGAGAUAAGGAAGACAAGUACGAGGUGAUGUCGAAGGCUUUGACGUGACGCAGCGGUUUCCCUCCGUGAUGCGGAGAGAUAUGAUGUGGGAGGAUCGAACGAGCAAUAAGGUCGAGAGCAAUUGAACUCUCGACGCGUCGGUGGAUUUCGUCGUCGACGACGAGGGAGGACGACGCCGCUACAACAGUCGAUCAUGGAGAGGAAAAGCGGAGGUGAGGCGCGGCCGAAGAUCGAGAUCGUGCGCGUCUCGUCCAUCGAGCGGAGCAACUUCCGGCCGCUGGACGGGGUGCAGCUGCGCGCUACAUACAGCCACGUGCGAGUGGGCACUUACUGCCCGGAACCGGAAGCGGCCAGCGGACCGACCGCCGAGAACAAGCCGCCGAUCGAGCAGACGCGACGCUUCAAGAAAAACUUGGGACCAGUAUCAAGACUGCUGAGACGUCGUCAUCACGCGACAUGCCUUGCCACCAAAUCCUGUGAUAACAUUUAUAGCGUGAAUAGAAAUAGUAAUUCUCUGGAUUGGAGGGUCGGCCAGAACGUCAACGAGCAAGGUAAUCCAUUAACUGUGACUCAUAAAAUCAUUAACUGGGGGAGCUGACAAAUACUCAAUAGCAAUUGACUUCUUUUAAAUUUUACCGGACAAAAUUUUCCUCUCCUCAAUAUUU